AUGGGUGUCAAGCAAACAGUUAACUUGUUCCUUAUUAGUCUGAAUUUUUUCUUUGCCUCCAAUGUGGUCUCUGGCCUAGACAAGUUCACCCAAUUCAGCUCCCUUCCCAAAUCCUUGUUGCCAAUUCAACUUGACGAUUCAAGCUACAACGAGAUUGUAUCUGAUCCUCGCGAUUACCAUGUCGCUAUUCUUCUUACGGCAGUUGAGGCUCGUUAUGGAUGUCAACUAUGUCGAGAUAUGCAGCCGGAAUGGGAUUUGUUAGCGAAGAGCUGGAAUAAGGCCUCUCACCCUUCGACAAGACUACUCUUUGGUACACUCGAUUUCGAUCAAGGGAAAGCUGUUUUCCAAAAGCUCAUUCUUCAAACCGCCCCUGUGCUACUCCUCUUUCCUCCAACUGUUGGACCUGCUGCUAGACAGAACAGUUCGCCCCUUCGAUAUGAUUUUAAUGGACCUGUUUCCGCGGACCAGCUUUACACCUGGAUCAGCCGCCACCUUCCCGAAAGUCCAAGCCUUGAUAUAGUUCGUCCGGCAAACUACACCCGAAUCCUGGGAAUAACUACUUCCCUUCUCUGCCUUAUUUCGAUUUUUGCAGCCUCUUCUCCCUACAUCUUGCCAGUUGUACGCAACCGAACUAUAUGGGCUGCUAUGAGUUUGAUUGCCCUCCUUCUCUUCACGAGCGGUCAUAUGUUUAAUCACAUUCGAAAGGUUCCAUAUGUGACUGGUGAUGGCAAAGGUGGAAUAACCUAUUUUGCUAGCGGGUUUUCAAACCAGUUUGGGCUGGAAAGCCAAAUCAUUGCUGCAAUAUAUGGGCUUUUGUCUUUCACUAUCAUAGCGUUAGCCACAAAAACACCACAGAUUGUUGACACCAAGGCACAGCAGGCAAGUGUUGUUAUUUGGAGCAUAAUUUUAUUAGGCAUGUACAGCUUUCUCAUGAGUAUUUUCCGAGCUAAAAGUGGAGGUUACCCAUUUUUCCUUCCACCAUUUUAA